AUUUGAUAAUGUUUGGUGAUGAUUUUAAAAACGAGAAGGGAUGUUAUUGUAAACCUGUUAAUUAUAAAACACCCAUUAGAAAAAUUAGUGAUAAAUUUUCAAUUGACGAAUAUGAAGUAUUUCGAGUGGUUAGAAAGUUUUCAAAUACAGAUACAUCAUAA